AUAAAAUAUAUGAGCGAUUUUUCUUUCGUUAAAUAGCAAUAGACAGCCUCAGUUUCGCCUGUGUUUCUUCUCUCUUCUUCUCUUGAAACAGGGCGGUGCACUGUAAAACGGUCAUUGACAUGAUCACGGUAUGUGCGCAUGCGUCGUAUGACGUAACCGAAAUACUUGGUGACACAACCGCCCACUCUAACCAAUGAGACCCAAACUUUAUUUUGAUGCACAAUUUGAAUCGGACAGAAACGCCUAAGCACACCAGGGACUUUACGCCGAAGACAUUUUAAAAUAACUAAUAAUUGAAUCCUUGUCUGGUUGGAUAACGAAUUUGGAAACAGUGCUGGUGUCUCACGAUGAGGAAAAGUGAGGUUCUUGCCGCAGAAUCUGUGGCAUGCCUGAAUAAGGCACUCUGCCAUCUGAAAGAUAUCUGGGAGGAAAUCGGUAUCCCAGAGGACCAGCGGCUGGAGCGAACAAAUGUGGUCAAGAAUCAUAUCAAAGGGCUGCUGGAUAUGAUGAUCGCAGAGGAGGAGAGCCUGAGGCAGCGGUUGACGGACAGCAUUGCGUCAUGUCGCAAAGAAUUGCAGAAAUUCUGCCAGGAGCUGCAGUUACCUCCUUUUGAGGAGGAUGAGUACCAGACGAUGCUUCUGCAGGAGAAGGCCAUCCGCAUGCGGGUGUCUGUAAUGGUGGAGGAGAAGAGCCAGCGCAUGAGGCAGCUGAAAGCCCUGACGGAUCAGGACCAGGACUUGUGUGACCUGCUCUGCUCGGAACCGUUCCCCAUCUCGCCGGACCGGGUUCCCUCCACGGAGCAGCUGCAGAAGUACAAGCAGCACGUUGCACAGAUGUGUGCAGAGAGGGAAAAGCGGCACAGUGAGUUUGUCAGGCUGAAGAAACAAAUAGUCUUGGCUAUGGAGGAUCUGGAUCAACUGCCAGAGACCAGUUUUGAGAAGGAUGUGGUUUGUGAGGAUGAAGAGGCUUUCUGUCUGUCCAAAGAGAACAUCAACUCACUGAAACUCCUGCUUCAUCAGUUGGAGAUCCGCAAGGCUGAGAACGAGGCGCUGUGCAUGGGAUAUCGGGAGAAGAUCCAGCAACUGUGGGAGCGACUGCAGAUCCCACAGGAGGAAAGAGACACCAUGUCUGUCCACAUGAGCCUUUCAAAGAAGAGGAGCAUGGACGCUUUGCAAGAGGAAGUGGUACGUCUUGAGGCACUGAAGCGAAAGAACAUCUGCAGCAUCGUCACAUCCAUCCGUGAGGAGAUCGCCGUCCUCUGGGACAAGUGCUUCUACAGCACAGACCAGCGGCAGGAGUUUGGGGCCUACUACAAUGAUGACUUCGCAGAGGAGCUGCUGAGCGCACAUGACUCGGAGAUUGUGCGCCUGAGGCAGCACUACGAGAGCCACAAGGAGCUGUUUGAGGGCACUUAUAAAUGGGAGGAGAGCUGGAAACUUUUCUUAGAUUUAGAGAAAAAAGCAACAGAUCCCUCCCGAUUCACCAACCGCGGAGGAAACCUUUUGAAAGAGGAGAAACAGCGCUCUGAUUUACAGAAGAGUCUGCCCAAGCUGGAGAAGAAGCUGAAGGCCCAGAUUGAGCAGUGGGAGCAGGAGCAGGGCCGUGAGUUCCUGGUCAAAGGUCAGAAGUUCAUGCAGUACGUGUCUGAACAGUGGGAGAUCUACCGGCUGGACAAGGAGAAGGAGAAACAAGAGAGGCACAUAAAGAAGAGCAAGCAGACAGAGGAGGACAUGUUGUACGGUACUUCUGUCCGUUCGCCAUGCAAACGCAGGUUCCUGGGGCCAACCACCACCCCUGGCAAAGCACGCAAGCUAAAUGCAACAUCCGCUCUGUCUACUGGCGCAUCAAACAGCACACGUUCCGUCUUCGGGGGCACGGUCUGCCACUCACCUGUGGCUCGGCCACCUAUGUCUGUCAGCAAGCAGGUUAAUGGCCCCCGUACCCCGGUCAGAGUCAAACAGCUGCGUGGGGGCCUGAUGGAGCGCAACAAGGAGAACCUCUGCCCUUCCCCCGUCAUCAGUGGUGCGUUGCCGAGCAAGCCAGCUAGCCCUCAGCCUAAUGUCAGCAUUAACUCUGUCGCCAGCACCUAUUCUGAGUUUGCGAGGGAAUGGACCAGCGGUGAGUCAGUCAAAUCCAGCGAGACCUCUCCAAAGUGUCAAAGUCCAAAUGUGUGGCCGAGAUUUUGAACUCAACCGUCACUCACCUUUAACCUUUCACCCAUGACCCUUUGAGGAAGGGAAAAAAUGGAAAAGAGAAGAAGGAAUAGGGCGUGCAGAUGAGUGAAGCUCUCUGAACUAAAUAACUGCUCAUUCCAAAAAAUAUGCAUUUUGUAUAUCAAUGAAGGUAAUAUAUUGAAAUAUUAAAUUGAUCUGGCAUGCUUGCUUUAUCACUAAUAAAACACUAUUUUAAGGUUUUACUGGAGCUAUUGUUAUUAGAAUGAUAACAUGAUGGUACACUAAAAGUAUUUAGAAUUUUAACAAGCUACUAUACUACUCUUUUAAUCUUAUCCAUUGCAACGGGCUUUCUUAUUUAUCCAAGUUAAGUUGUUGUACUUGUAGGAUGCACAUCAUAAAUAUUUUGCACAUUGUUUCUGACUACAUAUUCAGUUCAUCCUCUUUGCAUUUUUUUUUUAUUUUUUAUUUAAACUAUAUUUUAUGUAUGUGUUUGGAUCAAAACAUGUCUUGUUUAAUGUAGUAUGGUUUCCGUUAUUCCAGAAAACAGGUUACAUUCAUGUCUGUUGAUAUUUCAAUGUGGAAAAGGUAUUUUUCUGUCUUGCUUUGUUAAAGGAGUUUUUCUUCUUUGAUAUGAUCAGAGUGUCUUCUACUCAUGUAUUAUAAACAUGUAAAUUUAAAACAUUUGUUUUGGAAAAAAAUAAAUGAAUGCACUCGUAAUUAUUUGAAAUCU